UCGAAAACAUGGCGGCUCCCAGUAAAGCGACCGUGGUGUUAAAGGCUGUGAAGAAAAUAACCAUUCAGUUUUGUCCGUUCGAGUCCAAUGUCCGGUCCACACGGGAGUUUUUGACCUUAGUGGGCUCAGAGAAGGCCAGAACUACCAACAUGAACUGUGAGGUGAUACCAGUGGUGAAGCAUGACAAGUCUGAGCCGAUAGUGGAUAUCACUUAUGUAGACGGAGAGAAGCUGCUGAUGAAGGGAGCAAAUUUGACCUGCAGUGAGAUGCUGAGUGCUUUUCAAUCCCGCUGCGUCGCCAAGGACCCGCAGGCAAAAGUUGGAGAGAAGAAAUAAUCAUGAGCUUGGCAGAUGUGUAUUUAUCUGUGAAUAUUGUUGAACAUGUACAGUAAAACUAUUCCAUUUCAUA